CAACGAGAGAGGAGGGGAAAAAAGGAGCCAACUCAUCUGACACAACUGUGGGCCAGAGAAAGGGGACGCGUCUGCAGGACUGGAGACUGUCCCGCUGAAAGGAACUAGACUACGAGGACCAAGUUAGAAGAGCGGAUUGGACUCGGCGGCAAAAGAAAAGGAGAGACCAGGAUGUCGUCAGAACCGACAGAAACCAGCCCUGAAGAUGUGAACCACCGCAGCUUCUGGAUGCCCGGGAACUACCAGCGCACGGUGCGGAGGACGGAGGACUCUUUUCAGGCUUGCACGGACAUGGUGAGCUGUUUCCAGGAGCGUGCGCGGGUGGAGCGGCAGUACGCCCAGGCCCUCAGCGAGUGGAGCCAGAAGUGGAGGCCUGUGGUCGACUCCAGUCCCCUCUACGGCUCUCUGAUGAAGGCCUGGCAGUGCUUCAUGAGCUCCGCAGACCGCCUCGCCUCGCUCCACGCCUCCAUGUGUCGAGCACUGGUGUCGGAGGACGGGGACCGCGUGCGCACCUGGCAGAAGGACAACUUCCACAAGAAAGUGUUUGGAGGAUUCAAAGAGACGCAGGAGAUCGAGACCGGGUUUGCACGCGCUCAGAAGCCAUGGACGAAGAAACUCAAAAAGUUGGACAAAGCCAGGCAGGCGUUCCACAAGGCGAGUCGGAGAGAGUAUCUGAUUAGAGAGAGAGAGGCCCACGCUCAGGGAAACCCCGACGUCAACAUCGACAAACAGAAGAAGCUCCAGGAGGAUUUGCAGCUGGCCUCUCAGGAGGUGGACAAGAUGCGUUCACGUUAUGAGAAGGUUCUAGAGGAGGUGAAUCGAUACGCCCCGCGAUACAUGGAGGAGAUGGAGUCUGUGUUUGACCAAUCACAGGACGAGGAGAAAAAGAGGAUAAUGUUCCUGAAGCAAGCUUUACUGUCCAUCCACGACCACCUGGACGUCACCACCAACGAGAGUGUGCGGUCUGUGUACAGUGAGCUCCACAACACUCUCAUGUCCAUAGACGAACAGGAGGAUCUGCGCUGGUGGAAGAACACUCACGGCCCUGGCAUGCCCACAGACUGGCCUCAUUUUCAGGAAUACAACCCGGAGAAGAAGCCCAAGCCUAAAAAAGGGAAGAAGGAAGUGAAGGAGGUAAAGGAGGUGAAGGACGUGAAGGAGGUGAAGGCGAUUAAACAGGUGGACACAGGAACCAUAGAGAAAAGUGUGAUGAUCGGAGGAGUGAAGGUGAGAGCUCUGUACGACUAUGUGGGACAGGAGACGGAUGAGCUCUCAUUCAAAGCAGGUGAGGAGUUCUUGAAGAUCGAGGAUGAGGACGACCAGGGCUGGUGUCGAGGGAUGAAGGACGGCCAGUGGGAGGGGCUCUAUCCAGCAAACUAUGUGGAGGUGGUUUAGUCACGACUUUUAAUUUGACACUUUAAAUAUAUGUGAUCAGGCGUAGCAUUAUGACCAUAGACUGGAGAAAGGAGCAAUACAGGGUUCUUAGUCUUGGUUGAGUCCUGGUUUAGUCCUGGUUUAGUCCUGGUUUAGUCCUGGUUUAGUCCUGGUUUAGUCCUGUCUUAGAUUUGGAUUAGUCCUCAUUUAGAUGUGAUUUAGACCUGGUUUAGUUCAGCUCUUCACGGUCUGUAAUGGUCAGAAUACAUCAAAGGUGCUUCAGACUUGGUUUAUACUUCUGGAUUAAACUUCGGUUAGACCUGGUUUAGUCCCGGUUUUGUGCAGCUGUUUUGGUGUGUUCCUGGUCUGCUGGUUUAGUUCUGAUUUAGACCUGGUUUAGUCCUUGUUUAGACCUAGUAUAGUCCUGAGUUAGGCUUGGUUUAGUCCUGGUUUAGUCCUGUGUUAGAUCUGGAUUAAUCUUAAUUUAGACCUGGUUUAGUUCAGCUCUUUUGUGUUGUCUGUUGAGCAAAGUAUAUCAAAGAUGCGUCAGUCCUCAUUCAGACCUGGAUUAGACCUGGUUUAGUCCUGGGUUAGACCUGGUGCAGUCCGGGGUUAGACCUGGUUUAGUCCUCAUUUAGACCUAGUUUAGUCCUGUGUUAGACCUGUGUUGGACCUGGUUUAGUCCUGUUUUAGACCUGGUUUAGUCCUCAUUUAGACCUUGCUCAGUCCUGGAUUAGAACUGGGUUAGACCUGGAGCAAUCAUAAGGUUCCUGCAGCUGUUCUGUUCCUGGUCUGCUGGUUUGGUUCUGAUUUAGAUCUGGUUUAGACCUGGUUUAGUCCUGGGUUAGACCUGGGUUAGACCUCAUUUAGACCUAGUUUAGUCCUGGUUUCAUCCUGUGUUAGACCUGGUUUAGUCCUGGGUUAGAGACCUGGGUUAGACCUGGUUUAGACCUGGUUUCGUCCUGUGUUAGACCUGGUUUAGUCCUGGGUUAGACCUGGUUUAGUCCUGGUUUUCGUCCUGUGUUAGACCUGGUUUAGUCCUGGUUUCAUCCUGUGUUAAACCUGGUUUAGUCCUGGUUUCGUCCUGUGUUAGACCUGGUUUAGUCCUGGUUUCGUCCUGUGUUAGACCUGGUUUAGUCCUGGUUUCGUCCUGUAUUAGACCUGGUUUAGUCCUGGUUUCGUCCUGCGUUAGACCUGGUUUAGUCCUGGGUUAGAGCUGGUUAAGACCUGGUUUCAUCCUGUGUUAGACCUGGUUUAGACCUGGUUUAGUCCUGGUUUCGUCCUGUGUUAGACCUGGUUUCGUCCUGUGUUAGACCUGGUUUAGUCCUGUGUUAGACCUGGUUUAGUCCUGUGUUAGACCUGGUUUAGUCCUGUGUUAGACCUGGUUUAGUCCUGUGUUAGACCUGGUUUAGUCCUGUGUUAGACCUGGUUUAGUCCUGUGUUAGACCUGGUUUAGUCCUGUGUUAGACCUGGCUUAGCUCAGCUCUUUUGUCUUGUCUGUAUUGAUCAAAAUAUAUCAAAGAUGCUUUAGACCUCGUUCAGUCCUGGAUUAGACCUGGAUUAGACCUCGUAUAGUCCUUCUUUAGACCUGGUUUAGUCCUUAUUUAGACCUGAGCUAGUCUUGUUUUAGUCCUGGUUUGGUUCUUAUGAAGUUUCUUGGUCACGAUGCUAUCCCUGAUCAUGAUUUAGUUCUAUUUAAAACGUGGACAUCACAAACCAAAGCUGUCAUGUUGUUGCUCAAACAUGUGAAAAUCUGCAGGUUGUUUUCUCUUUUUUUUUUCUUUUUUUUGAAGGACUUUAAACAUUUUUGCUUUUGUUUGCCUACACCACUUGUAUCAAAGCCAUAUCAUAAUUUAGCUUGAAUGCUGGACUCAACGGUACAUAUUUGGUGCUGAAUUGUCAUAUAGAAACUUUUAAAUAAAUGUUUUUGUUUAGUUUUUUUACUCUUGGCACCUCAACACAUUGAAAUGAAAUGAACUGAACUGCUUAAGAGACUGUGAGAACAACGCCACUUGUAGCCUUGACUAAAAUUACACUGUUUUACUAAAAAAAACUUCAUAUUUUUGUUUUAUGUUCAAAUUUGUCCUACGUUUAAAGAGGGGAUAUUGUGCAAAAUCCAUUUUUUUUUAGCUUUCUCCCCUGUUAUAAGAUUCAGUACGAGGCUCCGCCCACAAUCUGACAUCACAACAUGCUCUCGUGCGACAAUCCUCCAUAAAUACACAAAAACAUGACACAGAACUGUACACGACAACUUGACAAACCUGAUGUGAUGUGCAGUAGUUUUAUUAGCGGGACGCAGCUGAUUGUGUUGCGAUAGCGCUCUGAAGGGGUGACUGAGUGACUUAGCACAAAGAGCAAAGGAAGAAAAAAACACCAAAAACGAAAGCGAAACUAAAGUAGAACGAGUACUAAAGUAAAAUACCCCCUUUUUAACUAACCUCAGGCCUCAAAAUCUUCAUUCAAAACUCAAAUACUUCAAAAUAUCAUGUUAUAAAAUGCUAAUUAUGAAAACUUUAUUCUAAAAAUGUUAUGAGAUCACUGUACAGACAUUAUGAAAUCUUAAUCACUUUACAUAAUUAAUAUCUUGUUAUAUCUAUCUGCUUAAUCUUGUACUAAGUGUCCUCUGAAAAUACGUGGCACUUUAGCGUAACUGUCUCGUCUUUCAUAACUGCAGUAUUUUCCGUUCAUUUUACUAUGUUCAUAUGUUCUGUUACGCCUUUUCAAACGCUGUCAUCUUUUUGAAAUAAAUUUGUACUGCGAUAUAUGG